AAGGAUGCGCAGAAAGCUGCGCAGUUGUCCGUUCUUCAAUCAUGAAUGAUGGAGGCGAAUGUUUUGAUGGAAUCUAGGGACUAACUAAAUAGAUUUGUUGGCGUAACACCACACUCCAGUCGCCGUUGUGUGGUGCAAAAAUACACCUGCUGAAGCAGCCGAUGUGCGGGAAUACUUCUGAGACGAAUUUAAUUAAGCAAGAGUGAGCAAGAAGUGGUCGGUUAGCUAAUAUCGUUUACCUCGGCGGCCUAGCUAACGCUAGCUGACGCUGUGAAGUUAGGACAGUCCUUUCAUUUAAUGAGCUUACUGUGAGGCCCUCUUUGAAACUGCUGUGUUUUACAUUGUACUGCAGCUCCACCGGCUAUACUGAUCAAAGAUUAUCGUACCUUUAACUGAAGCCAACUCCUCGAAAAGCCAGUUUGAGAACGGCUUCUUGAGAUCAAACCAAGGGAAAGUGGUUAUCCAUGUCCACGAGCUGCUGCAGAUUAAUAAUCUUUAAUAACGUCAGCAAACAUGUCUUUAGUCGCCUAUGGCAGCAGUGAUGAUAGUGACUCCGAGGAAACCUCGACCUCUGCCGCACCGGAGAGCAGAGUCAGCACAGGAGGGCUCUUCUCACUCCUGCCUGCUCCUAAAAAGCCCGGAUCUGCAGGAGGACACGAAGGAGCAAGAAAGGAAACAAAAGCGAACCUUUCAGCAGGGGACAGCGCGUCAAACGAUGACCUAGAUCCUCAGCCAUCUAAAGGAAGCUUGUUUUCUAGUCUGCCCAAGCCGAGGAAGCGAACAGAGCCUGUCAAGAUCACUGUGCCACAGAUCCAGAGACACGAUUCAGACUCUGAUGAUGAUGAACCAGCAAAGAAGAAACUACAACCUCAGGGUUCGGGUUCUGGCCUGGUCGCCCUUCUACCACAACCCAAAAACCUGACUGUGAAGGAGACCGAUAGACCCCUGAUCCCUCACGCACUCACCAAACGGCAAGAGCCCAAAAGACCCAAGCCUGGAACACCUGCUCAGGGUCUGCUUGGUUCCAGCGCGUCUCCCUCCGCUAUCAAGGCUGCAGCAAAGUCAGCUGCUCUGCAGCUGGCUAGACAAAUAGCCACAGACGACCAGGAUGAAGAGGACAUAACCCCACAGAACUACUUUUCCCUGGGCGAAACCUCCCAGCCCCUCCCUGCGGUCGUUCCAAGCUUAGACCCUGAGCCAGGAGCCCCCGCGGAGCCUCUUCCUAUCGCAGCUGCUGAUGAGCCUGGUCAGUCAGAUGCCCCUCUCGACUUUGGGGGGAACCACGAGGGAGCUGGUGUGUGGGGAGGUCAAUAUUCUCAUUAUCAGCAGCCCUUGUCAGGCCCAGAGGCUUUCCCUCAGGAAUACUAUAAUGAGUCAUACUACCAAGAUCCCAACCCUGGACUAUCAGAGGAGGCUGAAGAGCCCGGCCACUCUGCCAUGUUUGAUGAUGAAGCGUUCAUGCGGCUGCAGGGGAAAAGAAACCGAGGCAAAGAGGAGGUGAAGUUCCUGGAGAUCAAGGGAGACGAUCAGCUAAGUGGCAACCAGCAGUGGAUGACCAAGAGCAUGACAGAAGAGAAACAGACCCGCCAGUCCUUCAGCAAGAAAAAAGGAGAACAACCUACAGGACAACAACGGCGCAAGCACCAGAUAACAUAUCUCAUUCACCAGGCAAAGGAGCGUGAGCUGGAGCUGAAGAACAGCUGGGCAGAUAAUAAACUAACCCGCCGGCAGACCCAGGCCAAAUAUGGUUUCUAAAUGUCACACUGUGGACUCUUGGUGGCAUGUUGAAACCCUGCAUCAGAAAGUAGAGUAGAGCUUUUCAGAUUUCCCAAACAAAGGGAAGGCUGUGUUUGGGCAAAUAAAGUAUACAUACCUUAAUACAGGUUCUUCCCUCUUGCCCCACCCUUCAUACUGCAUUUGUGUUGAACUGUUUCAAUAGUUACUACUGUUACUCAAUAGUUGUUUUCAACUGUUUGAUAAAGUGUUGCUCCCACAUUGAAACUCCAGUUACAUCCAUUAAACCUCUCCUUUGACAGUAGUUUACCAUAAACAGUCAUUUCACUCAUUUCCUAAACCACCAUCAUCCCUUCAUAUAACAGUGUAACAGUGUGUUUUAAGGUACCUUUGGUCAGUCAGUGGCAGAGAGGAUGUAAUAUGCAAAUGUUGCAAAUGUUUUCCUUCUGAAUGUGUAUGCUUCCUCUUCAUAUGAUUGUGAACAUUGAUGUAUGACUUUUUUUGUGAUGUCCCUCCAUGAAAGGCUUGGUUCUCUGGCAAUUGUACAAAUAUGGGUAAAAUGUUACUGUUGAUAAUGAGGAAAUAACUGGAAUCAUUAGAAAGCUGUGACACAUAUGCAGAUAUACAUAUUUAUAUGUUGAAUCAGCAACUAAACAUGAUGUUGGAAAACAAACAUGUUGCAUUUGCUCAUAAAAGUUGUUCAUAUCUUGUUCAUAUCUGUGUGGCUUCAUAAAUAAAUUGCCAGAGAACCAAACAUGCAGAAUUUUUUUUUAGCAACGAUUAGGCUACAGAACCAUCUUAUUGUUAUUAUUUUACAUUAAAUAAUAACUUUACGUCAGUUUUACCUGGCUGAAUCCAGCAUGCAUCUUCCAGGUUCAGUCCAUGAUACUUAAGAUUCCCAUAACGGGAAAUCUAUUCAUCUGAAGCUGAUGUUUUAUUUUAGUUGGUUGAGAGGGGGCUUUUACAGUGUUUCUUUCUGCUGCUCCAGUUCUAGGAAAAUUCUUUCAUCAAGAUGAAUCAGGAAUAUAGUAUGUGUAUGCGGCUGCCAGGAUGCCAGGAUGUUUUUAAUAGGAUGAAUGUGAAGGGAAAAAUGUGCAGAAGUGAAACUAAAUGUUGCCAUUCUCUCCAGCAGUGAAGGUGCAGAUUGCUUUCAAAAUUCUCCACACUGCAAGAAGCCUUUUUUCCAUAUGGUUUUUCAUUAAGAUAUUGACAUCAACAUUAAAUCUAUUGUUUUCCUUCUCUUUCGUCAAAGCAAUAGAUUGAAAACCCUUCAUUACUAUUCUCUUAGUUCUUCAAGAGGAACAAUGUGAACUCAUGAGCCAGCUUGCUUUCUACAUGCACUAUAUUUCAUACUCAUUGGAUUUUGCAAAGAGCUCCAGUUCAUGCACAACCUGCUCUGCCUCAAAGCUUAAUCUAAUGUUUGGCAAACAAAAAUAUCUUAAAUAUUGAUUGGUUCAAAAUGAUAUAGUUAGAACACCUGCUGUGCUUGUGUAGCACAUAUCUUAGAGACAGGAAUAUAAGUUACAGAGCUUCAACCGAAUACUUUGUAAGGCCCAGAUUUUUCUUACUGUUGCACCUAAACCUUGAUGUCUCUGAAGAGAACAUUUGCUCCAAAACCCUUAAUAAAUGUAAAUGUAUCACUACUCACAUACACACAGGAUUGAUAAGACAUGGAAAGACCUUUUUUGUUUUCCUUAUAUUUUUGUUAAGCAUGUUGUGCAGUUUAAAUUGAUCAAUAAAUCUUUUCCUUUCCUGACUCUGUA